AUGGCGAAGGUUGCAGCGUUUGCCAAAAGUUCCAGAUGGUCUCUUAAUGGUUUGGCCGCUCUUGUCACGCGGCACUUCUGGAAUUGGAUAAAUAAUGUUGGAACAAAUAUUUGGAAGCCAUCUAUCGAAUAUACAGCAGAAGAUUAUUCCCAUAUGAUGGUGCUUGCUGGGAUGAUUCAGCUUACACGAAAUUUGGCUUGUGAAUGGGGAGAAGAUGGUAUUCGGGUUAAUGCCGUUGCGCCAUGGUACACAAAGACACCACUCGUGAAAAAUGUGCUCAAAGAUAAACCAUUUUUGGAUGAGUUAAUAGCAAGAAUGCCUCUUAGGCGUCCAGGCGAAGUUGAAGAAGCUUCAUCCGUGGUGGCUUAUCUUUGUCUUUCUGGCGCUUCCUACGUCACUGGCCAGGUUAUAGCCGUUGACGGAGGAUUCACUGUCUAUGGGUUCAAAUAGCUAGCCAGAGAUAUGGUAUUUUCUCUUGUUCAGUGUUUUUUCAAGUGUGAUGAUUCAGUUGAAACCAUCACAAAUAAAAAGUUUUGAUCAUAUCAACAUGUUGGAUGUGAUGCUGCAUUUGCUCAGCUUAAGUGUUUCUAGUGUUAGACAAACGCUAUUGUACUGAAGAUAUAACUUCAGAACACGCAUUAUAUCUUUUAAACGUCAAUUUUCAUAGAAUCCAUCUUGCUUAGUUCUUUCUUUCAUUAUACAGUAACAUUACAUC